AUGCGCCCUGACGAGCGUUCCUGGCGUGAUCGUCUCCGCACGCAAGACGAGAACUGGCAGCGCGUUUUCCCGUAUGUGAAGGCAGCAUACCUGCGGUGGAAGUAUGGUGUUCCGCGUCGGCAAGAGGAGCGCAAGCGCGCAGCUCCCGAAGAAGACACACCUUCGGAAGAAGAGGCGCCGCCUGAGCAACACACAAUUGUGUGUGUCGACCUGUACAGCCUGCGGAAGAACGUCACAGUGGAAGUAUCAUCUGGGCAGUGGACAUUGGAAGCACUGGCCUUGGCCGGAUACCUCGGCAACACCCCGGUCGGGCCGUUGCUUGCGAUAUCCUUCGAGACGCUGGAACUGUUCCGGUGCCUGAAGCUCGUCAAGGCAUCCUUCAGCACAGAGGCCUUCGCUAAGCUCAUCUGUUACAAGUAUUAUAUGGUAUACCGACGCCACUAUCGCACGGCACUCGCAGAUGCUUUCGACAUCUAUCUAGAAGUUCUUGAUGACGUCGAUGCCGAGAUCCAGCAGCGGCUCGGGCGCGGUGAUCCGAACUGGCGUCCGCGCUUCGGAUGCCCGCCAUGUGGAUACAAGCUGGAAGGAGAGGCCCCUCUCCGCUUCGAGCGCAUGGGUAGCAUGGAUGCAAAUAACUCCCUAAAAAGGCUCCUUCGUAAGUAUCGAAUGGUUGGUGACCGGCGACACUACAAGAACACCUACUACUUGGGGCCACCAUUCGUUGAUCAAUUCGCGAACCAAGUGCCGGCGCGCCAGGCACAGCCGAAGCCGACCGUUGAUCUCGGAGAUGAUGGAGAUGACGUCGAUGCCAUAGAGCCGGCUCCCGAGCCGGUGCCGGGUCCCGCGGACACAGAAGGCGAUCCCACGGAUGGAGAGGCGGGCGCACCGAGCCCGUGUGCCACGAAUUGGAAGGCGGCUGCGGCAGACGAGAAGAAGCACAUGUGGGGGGGCUUCGACGAGACGGGGAUCUUCGCCAGUGCAUGCAGGCAUGGUAGGAUCCUCUGGGUCGCGGACAUGAUCCGGAGUGGUGAACUCGCUAAGUACGGCAUCGCGAUGGUGGACAAGAUCAACACCGAAUUGCCCGGCAACAUACUCCUCGGGUACGACAUCGGCUGCGUGUUCCAAGGCACCCUCGCGCGCAGCAGCGCUGGUCCCGAGUUCCGGAGGCGCGGGUCUCUGUGCAUCGUCAAUGCUUUCCACGGCUACUCUCACUCUUACAUCUGCCAGCUUCACCAUCAUCCUAAUGUCAUCACCGGCGCCGGCAUCGAAGAUCUGGAAACAAUGGAGCGCAUAUUCAGCGGAUCAAACGCGCUCGCUUCGAUCAUCCGUUACGCGAGCAAGUACCGACGGCACAGUCUGAUUGUGCUCUAUUUCCGUCGCUGGGAUGAAGAGAAGUAUACAAAUCUCGCUGUGUUCCUGCGCAACAACUUCCAACAGGCGAUGAAGAUCAUCGAGGAGUCCGAGGAGUUCUUGAUCACUGUACUGCCUCGGCUCCAGCUGACAGAAGCGCAGCUGAUCGAAGCAGCCGAAGAGGAGCGCCUCUAUUUUGCGACCCUGCGCGACGAAAACCCUGAUGAUGAGUGGGCUUUGAGCUAUGUGGAGCGGCUGGAGGACCUCAGAGGCGCGGGCGCGGGCACGCGUGCGGGCGCGAGCGCGGGCGCGGGCGGCUCUUCGUCCUCCGACGGCUCCGGGAUUUCAUUUCAGGUCCCGUACACAGGCCCGAUCACUGACUACAAUGCGCACGCUCGGGAGACGCGGCGGACCGAGAGCACGAACCGCGUGCUGCGCAAGCGGAUCAACGACCUCGAUCAAGAGCUAGCCGAGAUCGAGGACACCUGGAACAUGACGCGGUGGCUGCCCACUGACACGCGCUACACAAAGGCAAAGGCGUAUAUGGCGACUCGGCGUUACCAUCAGGCGCUGGGAAAACUUCAACGUCUGGUUAUUCAACGCCUCUUCGAGCUGCACAAGCUUCAUCUCGCGCAGACAGGGUACAAAAUGCGCUCUCACAUUGCGAAGAACAUGCAGAAGAGGUCGGCGGCGAUCCGGCGGGCAAUCGCAACGUAUAACAAGGCGGCCGCAGUGUUACAGAAGCCCCUCGUCGACUGGAAUCAGGUCUCCCAUUACUCCUUUGUUCGCGAGUUUGCUCUCCUGCACGGAUCAUGGAAUGACGUCAGCGGUAAAACCUGGGCGCGGCCGGAAGUCCGGGAGGCGAUCGGGACCUGGCGGCGCUUGCAGCGGGCUCGCGAAGAGAUCCAGAUCGUGUAUCGCGAUGCGCGCCGCCUCCACACACACAUACGUGACGAGCAGCAGGACUUCGCCGCUGUCCUCAAGCAACUCGAGCAGUCCGACGACAUCCUCUAUGGGCCGACCCUGGACUUUGUCCGGCACCGCGAGGCAGCUAACGCGUACAAUCUAGCGUUUCUCGAAGACUUACAUAAGGACCCUCGCUUCGAGGGCGAGAAGACGCCGGGCCGCCGCGAGGGAAGGGAGGCCACUCCGGAGCAGUCGAUCCCCCGCAUUUCCCCAGAUCCGAGCGCGAUCGAGGUGGAAGUAGGGAUUGAGGGCACGUAUGACGAUGAGGCACAAGCGCAAGCAGGCGCGCUGCUCGAUUACAUAGCGCAGUAG